AUGGAUUUGAUUUACAAUGACUUCUUUUUAUUAAUUGGAGGAAUUAGAUCUAAAUAUCAGAUAUCUAAAUAAUAAUUACUCAAUUUAAAUUUUCAAUAAAUUAAUUCUUUCUUAUCAUAAAGUAUUCAUUUCAAAUAAUUUGAAUUAACUAUUGAAAAAUUGUUAUAGGAAUUGAUAAAGGAAUUUUAAGAUUAAAUAAAAAAAUUAUAGAAAGAUUUAAAUUUAUUUGCAUUAGAUUAUGAUCAAAUAUCUAAAUCAAAUAUUGAAAAAUCAGAAGAAUUGUAUGAAAUAGGUAAUUUAAUUAAUGAUUUAGGAUAUAAAUUAUAUUGGAAUGAUGAUAAAUAUGAGGAGGCUAUUUAAAUAUUUGAUUAAGCAUUGGAUUUUAAUUCAAAACAUCAAUUAUCAUUAUGGUGCAAAGGUAUGAUUCAAUUUGAAUGUAUUAGCUGAGAGUUUAAAGAUGCUAGGUUAAUAUAAUGACGCUAUCGUUUGGGCAGAUAAAGCUUUGCAAGUAGAUCUAAAGCAUUGUAGUUCAUUAUCUACUAAAGGUAUGAUUAAAUUUGAAUGUAUUAGCUGAGAGUUUAAGGAUGCUUGGUUAAUAUAAUGAAGCUAUCAUUUGCGUAGAUAAAGCAUUGUAAGUAGAUCCAAAGAAUUGUUGUUCAUUAUAUACUAAAGGUUGAUUGAAUUUUAAUUUAUUAGCUGAGAGUUUAAGGAUGCUUGGUUAAUAUAAUGAAGCUAUCACUUGGGCAGAUAAAGCUUUGUAAAUAAAUCCAAAGCAGUGUAGUUCUUUAUAUACUAAAGGUAUGAUUUACUUUUUUAUAAAAGGUAAUUCUUUAAGAUAGUUGAAAAAGUUUAAGGAAGCUAUGGAAGUGAUUGAAUAGUCUCUAAAAAUCAAUCCAAAUCAUUUUGAUUCAUUAAGGAUAAAAGGUUGAUGCUAUAAUAAAAUUAAUAGGUGAAUGCUUACAUGAUCAGAAAUAGUAUUAAUAGGCUUUAAUGUUUUAUGAUAAAGCUUUAAAAAUUGAUUUUAAUGAUUA